AUGUUCACUCCUACGAAGCUGUUUUACAUCAUCAGCGCAGUCGUUGUCGGCGGCGCGGCGAGCGGGUACGUGGCAUGGGCCAUAGCAUCACGGUUCGCGCGGAUUGCCGAACUAAACGAGCGGGCGAUUGUGGAGCCGCACGUGUUGGUCGUGCUGUGCAUAGCCGGGGGCCUGCUGGCCUUGCCGUUGGGAGCGGCCGCAGGGCUCUUUGGAGCGGUCGUGAUCAACCGUUUGGCCGACUACCUGCGCCGAUCCCCGGGAACCGGGGACAAAGCGGAUAGUGUCUCGUGGGUGACGCAGCGUCCGACGACGGAAGACAGGCCCGGCGAAUAG